AGUGUUGGGAAACAUUACAGACGGGCAGGACAGCGAAGAAGAAACAAUGGCGAUGUAGGGACACCGCAAACAAAAAAUGCUGUUUCAUUUCAGGGGCUUUUUAUACAUUUUCAGGAGAGUCGUGUGUUUCCUAUAACGACUUAAGUUCAGCCCGUGCUAAAACGCUCACAAGCAUCAGCAGUGUUGAGUCAAGGAAAUGGGAAACGCAGAGUAAAUGACCGUACUGCAGUGACUGCACAACCGCUGCUUUUGUACGGAAGCUCAUUGUUUACUGCUCAUUGUUUCCGCUAUUGUAACGUCAGCCCCGGAUACGUCGUUUGUGCUUCAUUGCUCUGUUUAUGAUGGCGUGGCAUUAGCUGCUGUUUCUCAGUCAUGCGUGGAAAACACGGAUGCUUCUCUCCCGAUCUCAAAGCCACAUCGAGGAACCGGAGGAGGAUCAACAGCCAAAAAUAGUCUCUAGAGCCACUGACAGCCAGCUGACGUCUCUUCGCUUAUUCCGCCGACGAACAGCAUGGAAGAUGAGUUGUUUGACCAGAUCCUCACCGUGUUUAACAACCUGGUGGCGUGGGUCGCUGCCGGUGCCAUGGUGUUCGGUGGGGUGGUGCCCUACAUCCCCCAGUACAGAGACAUCCGCCUGACCCAGAAUGCAGAGGGCUUCUCCACCUACGUAUGCCUGGUGCUGCUGGUGGCAAACAUCCUGAGGAUACUCUUCAGAUUUGGACGCUACUUUGAGACGCUGCUGCUGUGGCAGAGCAUCAUCAUGAUCUGCACAAUGCUCAUCAUGCUGAACCUGUGCACCAACGUCCGCAUGGCCACUGAACUCAGCACGAAGAGGCGCUCCUUCUUAGCCACAGACAUUAAGGACGAGGAGGUCAGAAUCCCUAAGAGGCUCUUUCUGGAUUUUGACUGGAACUACUUCUGGUCAUGGAGUCGUUUUGUGGACUAUGUGCAGUGCGUGCUGGCCUUCACUCUGGUGGCAGCGUACAUCACCUACCUCCUCCUGGACUCGGUUUUGUUCGUGGAGACUUUGGGAUUCCUGGCAGUCUUCACCGAAGCAAUGCUGGGUACACCGCAGCUCUACUGCAACUAUCAGAACAAAUCCACAGAAGGCAUGAGCAUCAAGAUGGUUCUGAUGUGGACCAGUGGUGACACCUUUAAAACGGGGUACUUCCUCCUCACCCAGGCUCCGGUGCAGUUCUGGAUUUGCGGCCUGCUGCAGGUCUUCGUGGACAUCACCAUCCUCUUCCAGGUUUACUACUACAGCCGCUACCCGCAGAAACCAGUGUCACACACAGUUUCUCACACCACCAGUGCCAAAGCCCUCUGAGAACAUCGGCAUAAUCUCUGAGGACACUACAAAGCAGCAGCGAGGAAGGCCUUAUCGAGGCACUGUGGAAAUGUAUAAACACACACGCACCAAAGCAUCUUGAGAUGAUGUAGGCUGCUGCUCCCCCUCACCUCCUAGUAUAAAUGAAGACUCCAACGCACUCAUAAAUAAGGCAAAGAUACACAGACACCAGGUGGUGGCAAUGUCUCCAGUGAUACCCGAAGGACACUUGUUACACACAACGUCAGCCUGUUUUAUUUAUUGUCCUCUUGACUUAUCAAAGCAGCCCAAUGCAUGCUAAUAGGAAUGCAAACGUCUCUGAGAAUACACCUUGAGUCAUCCUGUGCAUGUGGAGAAUAUUAUGCACACACAGCACAUGAACAUCCAGCGUAUGCAAACUGCAGAUGCACGCACUGAAAUCAGUGCUCAAGGAAAAGUGGACCAGCUUGUGUCGUCCUCAAGAUGAAUGUUGCUUGGAACUUCUGCCUUAAAGCACCCACAUUUUCAACAUGGAUUGCUGCAUUGCCAGUAAUGUGUUACAAAUCAAUCAAAACAAAAAAAAAGAAAUGUUAAUAUACAGCAUUGCUGAAUGUACAUUUGUUGUUGUUUUUUCCCAACACAGUGGAGGAAUGCCAGUCAGUCUCCUGCUUGUUGGGCGACAUAUGCUGUCAUACUCAAUCUUGCACGACAAAAAUACAGAAAAGCAAAGUCACCAAAUGAAGAAAACUCCUCACGUUUGGUCAUGAAUGUGAGUGGCCUUGAGACUAGCAAAAAGUUGAGCGACUUAGCCUUUGUAAGCAAAUGCCAAGACUUUUAUACUAAAGCCCUUGACGACAUUUUAUAUAUAUUUCCAUCAUUUCCAAAACGUCCUAAAUAAAUGCUCAAAGAUGUGUUAACAUCAUUAAACUUAUCCUGCGAGCCUACAACUGCGCUUCAUAAAGGUAAAGGAAUAAUUUAAGCUGCCAGCAUGAUGCAGCCAAUUUUCUAUGUGUGGGACUAGCAGCUGAAUCAUAGCUCGAGGCGCUAGUUUAGCUUCGCGUUCAGUCUGAACUCAUCUUUAUGAUGACGACCGCAUUUAAAGUCGCAUCAUGGGCUUAAUUUAGUGAUGUUUGCGGCUUCUGUUUCAUUUUGAACAUCAUCCUACAUUCAUGCUAUAACUGCAGGAUAACAAGAAGCUGUUUUUCUGUCCUGAAUUGGAUCAUGUUUUAUUCUAAGGCCUCGUGACAGCUUUGCAUUCACCACAAUAGACUAGAUUUUCUGUUUCUGUUGUGUUGCAAGCAAGUCUCGCCAACUGACGGCCAGAAGCUGAGCGCUCUAAAGCUUUUUCAAAUUAUAUUAUUUUUACAUUUGCUUGCAGCUUGAUGCCAAUAUUUCACUGAGACUUGUGUGACAAAAAACAAACAAGUGCACUCAGAAAGCGCAGCUCCCUCCGAAGAGCAAGGGCUAAAAUGUUUUUAUUACAAUAUGCUGACGUCAGCCUGUUACGGUAUUGUUGUGAGGUGUUAUAGUGAAAGAAAUAUGUGUGUUAUACAGCUUUCUCCAUGUCUUUUUAUGUGAUAAAGUAUGAUAUGGUUUCAAGAAACUGGAAUCUGGAGCGGGCACAUCCUCUUACAGCACCACGUUCAAAUUCAUCAAGCUCUUUAGACCGAUCCAUUCUUUUACAAACAUGUGUAAAAGCACACGGCGUGGAUAGGUGUUUGAUUUUAUACACCUGUGGUAAUGGCACUGAACACACUCGAAUUCAAACGUUACUUUUGUCCAUAUCGUCUAUCUUGCUGUGGCAUUGAGAUCCAUCGAUCUGCGCUAGACUGUGAUUGUAUAAAAAAGACAAACUUUGUUGAGUUUGAUGAUGACCACUAUCAGGAGGCUGCUGCUAGAAAUGCUCUGCUGCUGCUUGGUUCCUUCCUGAAAUCAGAAUCAUGGAUGCCCUAAAGUGGCUCGUGAUGCUGUGCCACUCCUAAUUGUACAAUCAUAAUCCAUAACAUAUCUAAAAACUGAGCUACAUCAAUCCCACAUAGCAAAAUUGGUAUGGCCCAGAUCUGGCCCACACAAUGGGCUUACACAUGGCCCACA